GUGUAAUUGACCGAUGGGAAUUAAUCCAGGCUCAAGCUCUAAGCAAGGAGCUGAGGAUGAAGCAGAACCUUCAGCAAUGGCAGCAGUUUAACUCCGACCUUAAUAGCAUUUGGGCUUGGUUGGGAGAAACUGAAGAGGAACUGGAGAAGCUCCGCCGCCUUGAUCUCAGCACUGACAUACAAACUAUUGAGCUCAGAAUUAAAAAACUGAAAGAGCUGCAGAAAGCAAUUGAUAACCGCAAAGCAAUCAUCUUAUCCAUCAACCUGUGCAGCUCAGAGUUCACUCAGUCUGACAGCGAAGAGAGCAAGAAGCUUCAAGGGCGCCUGUCUCAGAUGAAUGUGCGCUGGGACCAUGUAUGCAGUAUGAUCGAAGAGUGGCGCUGCUCAUUGCAGGAUGCAUUAAUGCAGUGCCAGGAUUUCCAUGAAGUGAGCCAUGGUUUGCUGCUUUGGUUAGAGAAUAUUGACAGAAGGAAAAAUGAGAUUGUGCCCGUUAAUCCGAACCUGGACUCAGAAACACUGCAGGAUCAUCACAGACUUCUAAUGCAAAUCAGACGUGAACUGCUGGAGUCUCAGUUGAAGGUGGCGUCACUGCAAGAUAUGUCCUGCCAAUUGCUAGUAAAUGCUGAAGGCAAGGACUGUCUUGAAGCCAAAGAAAAGGUGCAUGUCAUUGGAAACAGACUGAAGCUCCUUUUGAAAGAGGUCACACGUCAUAUUAAAGACCUAGAGAAAAUUCUAGACAUUUCAAGUAGUCAACUGGAAUUGUCCUCAUGGUCCUCUGCUGAUGAAUUAGACACAUCAGGCUCAGUGAGUCCUGUAUCUGGAAGAAGCACUCCAAGCAGACAGAGAACGCCACGGGGCAAAUGUAGUCUCUCACAGCCUGGACCCUCUGUCAGCAGUCCACAUAGCAGGUCCACAAGAGGUGGCUCAGGUUCCUCCCCUUCUAAGGCCGGGCCGGCGUGGCAGCGCCCGUCCUUCUUCCUCAGAGUCCUCAGAGCUGCUCUGCCACUUCAGCUCCUCUUGCUGCUCCUGAUCGGGCUGGCUUGCCUGGUGCCAAUGACUGAGGAGGACUACAGCUGUACUAUGGCCAACAACUUUGCCCGCUCUUUCCACCCCAUGCUAAAAUACAUGAAUGGUCCACCUCCAUUGUGAAGGAGACCUGUGAGACAGUGGGUGACCUUGCUGGAGUGCUAGCUGGGAGGCAGGAUGGUUUUAAAGGGUGACAGGAUUCAGUGUGGCAGCUUUACUUACCUGCUAUAGGCACCGCUGUGUCCAUAAUCGUUCUCUGCUGGCACUCAGCUAGUAACGCAUCAGUAUAUCAGUACCAAACUGCACAACGUAUUACCUGAGUAGCAUCGUUUCAAUACUCGCAUCCUGGGUACUAAGGAGGAUGUGAUGCGUGUGAGGGAAAUGUCCUUCUGUCCAGCAUUCUGGAUCUCUUAGCCACUUUAUAUCCAGGUCAUUGCCCUGUACUAUGCAUAGCCAAGGACUUGAUACUGUAGAUCCUUUCCUGUGUGCUGCUCUAAAUGAGCCGUUAGCCAGUCUUUGUUAAAUACCCUCUCAGUAUCUACAGUAUACAAAAUAACCAAUGCUAAAGAAAUUUUAGAGCAUUUGUAACAUACAAUUUUAAAGGAUCUUGUAU